AUGCGCGGCAGCGAGACCAACGCUACGGCGGCGGCGCCGCACGUCGUGUUGCUCUCGUCCCCGGGCAUGGGCCACGUCGCGCCGCUGGCCGAGCUGGCGCGCCGGCUGCACGACGCGCACGGGUUCACCGCCACCGUGCUCACCUACGCCAGCUCCGACUCCGCCGCGCAGCGCGCCUUCCUCGCGUCCCUGCCGCCGGCCGUCGGCUCCGCGUCACUCCCGGCCGUCACGCUCGGCGACAUCCCCACCGGCGCCGCCAUCGAGACGCUCCUCUCCGUCGAGGCCCAGCGCUCCGUCCUGGCGCUCACCGAGGUGCUCUCGGGCCUCAGGUCCACGACCAACCUUGUCGCCUUCGUCGCCGACCUCUUCGGUGCCGACACGCUCCGCGCGGCGCGCGACGCCCGCGUGCCCGGGUACCUCUUCUUCCCGUCCAACCUCCUGAUGCUCUCGCUCAUGCUCCACCUCCCGCGCCUCGACGCCGACCUCGCCGCCGGCGAGUUUCGCGACCAGCCCGAGCCCCUCCGCCUCCCCGGCUGCGUGCCCGUCCCCGGCGCCGACCUCUUGCAGCCGCUCCAGGACCGCGCCAGCGACGCGUACCGCUGGAUGGUCCACCAUGGCGAGCGGUACCGCGACGCCGCCGGCAUACUGGUGAACACCUUCGACGCCGUCGAGCCCGGCGCCGCCGCCGUGCUCCGCCGGCCUGAGCCCUGGCGCCCGCCGGUGUACCCGGUCGGGCCCGUCAUCCGGCAGCACGCCGCGGGCAGCAGCCCCGCCGCCGACACCACCGGCUGCAUGGACUGGCUCGACGCGCAGCCGGAGAGGUCCGUGCUGUUCGUGUCAUUCGGCAGCGGCGGCGCGCUGUCGACGGCGCAGACGGAGGAGCUCGCGCGGGGCCUGGAGCUCUCCGGCCACCGGUUCCUUUGGGUGGUUCGGAGCCCCACCGACGGCGGCGGGGCCAACCCCGGCGAGAGCUACUACGACGGCUCCCGGAGCAAGGACGACCCCCUGAGCUUCCUCCCACCCGGGUUCGUGGAGAGGACCAAGGGCCUCGGCCACGUGAUCCCCUCGUGGGCCCCGCAGACCAGGGUCCUCGGCCACCGCGCCACGAGGGCUAUGCUGACGCACUGCGGGUGGAACUCGGUGCUGGAGAGCGUCGCCGCCGGGGUGCCGAUGAUCGCGUGGCCGCUGUACGCCGAGCAGAGGGAGAACGCCGUGAUGCUCUGCGAGGAGACCAUGGUGGCGCUGAGGCCUAAGGUUGGGGACGAUGGCUUGGUCCUCGCCGAAGAUGCCGCGGAGGUGGUGAAGGAGAUGAUGGGAGGCGGCGAGAAGGGUGAGGCGGCGUGUGUAAAGGUGAUGGAGCUCAAGGCGGCGGCGAGGAGCGGGCUAGAGCCCGGUGGCGCGUCUUACGAGACACUCGCUGAAGUUGUGAACAAGUGGAAGGCAGCUAGUGAAGCUGAUUGACGCUGAAUGUUCAUUGUGUACAAAAAUUUGAAGCAUGGCGAUUCUUCUCUCUGUCAGAGAAAGAAUGUGCAAGCAAAAUGGUACUCGUGUGUACCUCAGUGCCUGUACUCUUGGUCCAGUCAGCUACACUUUCAUGAUCGUAAUCAUGUCUUGUAAAUUCCUGGCGAUCGAUGGUUCCCGUGUGUUUUUUGUUAUGAUUUGUCAUGAAACUUGAAGCUUGUGUU